AUGGCGAAGAUCGCCAUGGGUUGGCACAAACCCGACAAUGUCGCCGGCUCCUCAGCGCCCGCGAUCAUGGUCGGGUUGUUCGUUGCCACGGGCGGGUUGCUAUUCGGUUACGACACUGGAGCGAUCAAUGGGAUUCUCGUCAUGGACACCUUCAAGAACGACUUCUCGACCGGCUUCAUCGGCAAAGACGACAAGCCGGGAAUGUAUCCGAGCCAAGUUUCAUUAAUUGUUGCAAUGCUCAGCGCAGGGACGGCGGUCGGAGCUUUGUUCUCAGCGCCAAUAGGGGACCGCUGGGGCCGUCGGUUAUCACUCAUCUUCGCCAUCGGACUCUUCUGCGUCGGCGGUAUCUUUCAAGUAUGCGCCGUCGAUGUAACGCAGCUUGUAGUUGGGAGAACGUUGGCGGGCAUCGGGGUGGGUAUCGUCUCGGUGCUGGUCCCGUUGUAUCAAUCGGAAAUGGCCCCCAAGUGGAUUCGUGGAACAUUGGUCUGCGCAUAUCAGCUAUCCAUCACCGUGGGGUUACUCGCUGCGGCUACCGUCAACAUCCUCACCUAUCAACUAAACUCAGCCGCGGCAUAUCGCAUCCCCAUGGGCCUCCAGUUAACAUGGGCCGUCGUCUUGGCUUUGGGGUUGCUAAUCCUACCCGAGACACCACGGUACCUAGUAAAACGUGGUCUCAAAGACGCCGCUGCUCUCUCACUCAGCCGCCUCCGCCGCCUCGACAUCACGCACCCCGCCCUCAUCGAGGAGUUGGCGGAAAUCGAGGCCAACCACGAGUAUGAAAUGGCACUCGGCCCGGACACCUAUAAAGAUAUCCUCUUCGGCGAGCCUCAUCUUGGUCGCCGGACGAUGACCGGCUGCGGCCUGCAGAUGCUCCAGCAACUCACCGGCGUCAACUUUAUCAUGUAUUAUGGGACGACUUUUUUCACUGGGGCAGGAGUGGACAACCCGUUUACCAUAUCACUAAUCAUGCAGGUUAUUAACAUGGUGUCGACAUUCCCCGGACUGUUUGUUGUUGAGUCGUGGGGCAGACGGAAGCUCCUCAUCGUGGGGUCAGUCGGAAUGGCUAUCUGUCAGCUGCUCAUCGCCUCGUUCGCUACCGCCAACGGCGACAACAACCAGCCGAUACAAAACCAGAUCUUGAUCAUCUUCGUCGCCAUAUACAUAUUCUUCUUUGCCGCAUCUUGGGGCCCUGUUGUAUGGGUCGUUACCUCCGAAAUUUACCCCUUGAAGGUUCGCGCGAAAUCCAUGUCGGUCUCCACAGCCUCGAACUGGCUCCUCAACUUCGGCAUUGCGUACGGCACACCGUACUUGGUCGAUAACUCAGCAGGGUCCCCCGACCUAGGUUCUCGGGUCUUCUUUGUGUGGGGCGCGUUUUGUAUCCUAUCUAUCCUCUUCGUGUGGUUGAUGGUGUACGAAACCAGCAAAAUUAGCUUGGAACAGAUCGACGAAAUGUACGAACGGGUGGAACACGCGUGGAACAGUAGGAGCUUUGAACCGAGUUGGAGUUUCCAGCAAAUGCGGGAUUUUGGGUUUUCGGACAGCGGGAUCCCCCCAACGGAACCACAGCUCGAACUUCAACCAUCAAAUGCUAGUACACAGCAAUCGGACGCGGGCGGGAGCGCCACAACGAACACGACAGCGACGAAUUCACAGGACGCGAAAAUGCUGUCCCAAAUGGGUCAUAUCGAUUUGAGUUACUAA